AUGGCAGGAUUCGGCAAAUUAUCCUCGAGCUCCCUGGAGGAGGAGGAGGAGGAGCAGCUGGUGGUUGAACAGUACCAUAUGAAGGAGAUCAUUGGCUACGGCAGCUUCGGAUAUGUGAAACUGGCCCACCACCGCCUCACAGACACGGAGGUGGCAGUGAAAAUCCUCCUGAAGGGACAGUCCAACAGCCAUCGGGUCGAAAACGAGGUGGACAUCGUCAAGACGCUACAGCACCCACAUGUCAUCCGGUUGUACCAGGUGAUGGAGAAGGAUGAGCACGUGUACCUAGUCAUGGAGCUGGCCACCAGGGGCCACCUCCUGGGGUGGAUCCAGAAAUCCAGGCGUCUGUUUGAGGAUGAAGCGAGGAGACUCUUCAGACAGAUCGUGAGUGCCGUGCAGUACUUUCACCAGAAUGGAAUAGCACAUAGAGACCUUAAGCCCACCAACAUCCUGUUGGAUGCCAAGGGCGAUGCCAAGGUCAGCGACUUUAGCCUGAGCAUCAGGACCGCCCCGGGGCAGUUGCUGAAGGAUGUAUGUGGUGCCUUGAUAUUCCGUCCCCCUGAAAUGUUCCUGCAUGAAAACUACGAUGGUUGCAAGGUGGACAUCUGGGGCCUGGGUGUCCUUUUGUAUUUUAUGAUAACAGGAAAAUUCCCAUUUAAGGGGAUGAAUUUUAGCCAGAUCCGGGCAUGCGUCUUGGAGGCCAGGUACCUUGCUCCAUUUCACCUGUCUGCAAGAGGGCGAAAUAUCAUCUUCCAAAUGUUAACUCCAGACCCAAAGCGCAGGCCCAGUAUUGAACAAAUAAUGGAGAACCCGUGGCUCCAGCGAGUUGAGGAACAUUCCCCAUGUCCCGAUGAGCCUCUGCCCAAUGAGCUGGACCCCAUUAUCGUUGCCGUCAUGUGCGACAUGGGGUACAGCCUAGCUGAGAUCUGCAAGUCUAUACUGGACAGAGCGUUCAACGAAGCCAUGGGCACGUAUCUUGUCAUCAAAGAACACCUAAAGAAGAAUGGCAGCAGUGGGACAGUCAAAAACAGCGCCUUUGACUGUUCCACCCUGCCCAACUCCUACAGACCUUUCCACCCUCCCCCUCCCUCCACGAAAGACAGCCAGCCUCCCUGCCCGGCUUAA